AUGUCAAACCUUCCCCGUCGGAUUGUAAAGGAAACACAAAGACUCGUUGCAGAGCCUGUGGCAGGUAUAAGUGCAACACCUUAUCAAGAUAAUUUGCGAUAUUUUGCUGUAGCGAUUGAAGGACCUCAGGAUUCUCCCUAUGAGAAAGGUGUUUUCCAGUUGGAAUUGUUCCUGCCGGCCGACUAUCCCAUGGCCCCUCCAAAAGUCCGGUUUCUCACAAAAAUCUACCAUCCAAAUGUUGACAAGCUUGGUCGUAUCUGUUUGGACAUCCUCAAAGACAAGUGGAGCCCAGCCCUUCAAAUUCGCACCGUCUUGCUGUCAAUUCAGGCUUUGUUAAGUGCACCCAAUCCAGAUGACCCUUUAGACAAUAAUGUGGCAGAAGUCUGGAAGAAUAACGAGCAAGAAGCGCUUAAAAGAGCCAGGGAAUUCACUGAGAGCUUUGCGAUGAAAGGGAGCAAAUAA